UUAGCUUCAUUAAGAUCAUCUUUAAUCUGUAGUCAUCUACUUGCAAAAGAAAAGGGAAACUUUAAGGGUUAAAGAAAAAAAAUGAGUACAGCAAGAAAGGCUUGGAUUGUGGGAGCUAGCAUUGGAGCUGUAGAGGCAUUGAAGGACCAGGGUUUUUGCAGAUGGACCUACACCAUGAGAUCAUUACACAAACAUGCCAAGAAUAAUAUGAGGUCAAUCUCUCAGGCCAGGAAGCUUUCGUCUUCAUCUUUUGCUAUGGUUUCGGGUGAAUUGAGGGAAUCAAGCCAAUCCGAGGAGUCUCUGAGGAAAGUCAUGUACUUGAGUUGUUGGGGUUCAAAUUAAAUGAGUUGAGAAGUUUGCCAUGAGAAUCUGAUGCCUUAUGUAGGCUGAAGCUGGUCCAUUGAGAAGAACAAAGCCAAAGCCAUGAUUAUGGUUUGUGAGAGAAAAUUUGUGGGACUUGAUGAGUGAUUCAUGCAAGCCUGGUGUGAACUGUAGCUAGGCAGACUGCCAUCUCAUGAUCAGCUUGUAAUUACACCAUUGCUUAAAUGUCACCAAAUUUUCAUGGUUUCUGUGA